AUGGCAGGGCUCGAUAACUGGGUUCUUCCUGGACUGGAAUCCACAAAUCAGCUUGGGACCUGGCAGCAAGCCCUAGGCACUGUUCUUGCUGCUGUGGUGCUUUGUCAUGUCACGUACAAUCUGUGUUUUCACCCGCUGGCAAAAUUCCCUGGUCCUUUUUGGGCGCGGGCAUCUCUGUUGUGGCGAUUCUGGCAUACAAUGCGCGGGCGCUCCCACCGCGUGAUUCAAGAUAUGCAUAGGAAAUAUGGCCCUGUCUUUCGCGUGUCGCCCAACGAACUCUCUUUUGCCUCGGCCGCGUCAUGGAAGGCUAUCUAUGGUUUCCCGCCGCCCGGCUCGGCGCACCUGAUCAAGGGCGAGUUCUACGAUGUCUUCGGUGGUGCCUAUAAAACAGGUUGUAUUGGAUCCGAACGCGAUCCAGCCACGCAUGCUCUCAAGAAGAAGAACUUGACUGCCGCCUUUUCAGCCAAAGCAUUAGCAGCUCAGGAACCCAUCGUCCAGGCUUGUCUUGACCGCUUCAUCAACAAGCUGGGCCCAUUGAGCAAAGAUAGCCGAGGCAAGGGUAUUGAUGUUGCCGUGUGGUUAGAGAUGGCAGCCUUUGAUAUUCUAGGAGAGAUGGGAUUUGGGGAGGGGUUUGGUUGCGUUGAGAAUGAAAAGCACCACCAGUGGAUGGAACUUAUCUUGAAACACCUUUUUGAGGUGACACUUGUCGAUAACCUCCGACGCAUCAAGAUUCUCGCCGCUAUCGGUCGAUGGUUAUUGCCUUCUCUCACCAUCGCCGUGAGAGAGGAGCAUGCCAUGUACAGCCGUGCCAAGGUGAACAAGCGUUUGGACGCACUGGAGCCGCGACAAGACUUCCUCACACAUAUUGUGAACAAGGUCCGGAGCGGUGAGGUCUCGCAAGAGGAAAUGACGGCUCACGCUUCGACUCUGAUAAUUGCGGGCGGCGAGACGACUGGAACGUGUCUGGCGGCCGCUGUCUACUACCUCCUCAAGACACCCGCUGCGCUGGAGAAGCUAGAAAAGGAGAUUUUGACACAGUACAAAUCAUACGAAGAGAUUAAUGCCACCUCGGCUAUGCAGCUACCGUACCUGCAAGCUGUCAUCAGCGAGGCGCUUCGUAUUCACCCGCCUGGGUCGCAGGGCUUCCCGCGUGUCUCUCCGGGGUGUGAAAUUGAUCAAGUCUGGGUUCCGAAAGGAACUGAGGUCUACACCAGCGCGUGGACCGUCACACAUGACCCCAGCUACUUUCACCAUCCUAUGUCGUUUCUGCCGGAGCGGUGGCUCGACGCUGAUUGUUCAGAUACCAAGGAAGCCAGUCAGCCUUUCUCUUUGGGUUAUCGGGCUUGUAUUGGCCGAAACUUCGCGUACCUGGAGAUGACAUCCUGUCUGGCCAAGAUGUUCUUCCGGUAUAAAUUAAGGCUGGUCAAUCCUGACCUUGACUGGGAGGCAACCUCGCGGUGCUAUGUGAUGUGGUGGAAAGCCCCAGUUCACGUGCUGUUCGAGGAGAGAAAUUAUAACACGGUGAAUUAG